UCAUAUGGUUCAAAUGCGGUAGAAGGUCAUCUGCUUGCUACUAAGGUUCGGCUUGUAACAUCCCCCGCAGAUGGAUGUAGCCUAUCGAUCUCGACGUCUAGAUGUUGGGAGAACAUCACGUCAAGUUUAGAUUAUGCAUGGUUCCGCUGAAGAUGCAAUACGACUAUAUUUAUGUUGUACUCCCAUCCUAUGUCUCGACCCAACUCCUCCUUAUUCAUAAGCUCCAUCACAUAUAGUUGAUGUUUGAAGACUCCAUCACUAGAUAUAACUGUGCAGAUCUCCAUUGCGACAUCAUUCCUUCAUUUCCAUGAAGGCUAUCACCCCGUAACUAUGUCGUCGCAGUUUGCAUAUCAGCCGGUCUCGCGCCAUUCCCUGGAUUCGCCUGUUAUCGAAAGUAAAGGGGAACAUCUUGCGGAAUGUGGAUGCUGCGCCGGUAACAAGCGGAUGCGGAGGAUUCAUUGGAUUGCUCAUACGGGCAGCUUAGUCGUUAUUGCGAGCUUGUUAGUCCUCUUGGUGCAGAUCUAUGAUGGUACCCUUAUGGCUGCGAGAUGGUGGGAUAUGUACAACUGGUAUUCUCCAGUCAACGCUGCCUUGGCCACUCGGCCCUACAUCAACGUCCGGUUCAACGGGUCCCUCUGGUACGAGUCGCCGUUCAAAGGACCUCCCACACCAGCAGUCAACGAGGCAUGGCACUCGAUCAUGCAAUAUGGGAUGAUUUCAGUGGCAGCGUCGGACUACGAAAAGGCCAACCACUCAGUCCGCACCGCAGUGCAAUUCCCCCCUGAAGCGGGGGGCGGCUACAUGGCGUCCGCGGUCGGAACCCACCAGCUGCACUGUCUGCACUUUCUCUGGCAAGACCACCACCGCGACUACUUCCCGGAGGUUCUGCGGAAGGUGGAAAAAGUGCCGGAGCUGUACGAGCGGCAUUUCGAGCACUGUGUAGAUUACAUCAGGCAGAGCAUCAUGUGCAACUUUGACACAGGCUUGAUCACGUAUGAUUGGGUGCUCCAGCAUCAGAACCCAACGCCGAAUUCUAACGCGAUGCACAAGUGCGUGGAUUGGAAUGCCUUGCAGGAGUGGCUGCGAAAUCGAGCGGUCGAGAUCCCUCCUGGCUUCGUGUGGAAACAACCUGAAGGACAGGAGAGUCUGCCAUGGAAUCCUUGAGGAAGUUUUCAAUAUCUGUUGGCUAUCUGUGAAAGGCUAUUGGCUCUACCAAGAAGUUUGAGCAUGCUUGGUCUCGGUAGUUGUUACACAAUGUGAUCUUAAAAAGGGGGGAGGGGAUGAUCUUUCUACUGGCUGCCUUAUGUAUGGACACCUUCCUAUUUUAAC